AUGGAUCUGCCGAGCUCCUCCCCCGUCUGCGACAAGACUGGCAUACCGGCCGGCCAGAAAGCCAUUGCCAUCGCCUCAUCGCCUAUUCGUUCCUCAAACAAGUCUUCGCUCAUCGGUGGCCAAAAGAUCAAGAAGCCGCCGACGGUCACGCCCAAGAGGUUCACCAAGUUCUUCACUCCACGAAACACCUCAUCUGCACGCAACAACCGCCCAAGCAAAGCAGGAAGGCAGCUGCGUGACAUCACCCGGAAUGGCGUCAAUAAACGACAUGGCGCUAUAUCUUUGCUGGGGGAGGAUGUCCUGGACGGCAGCGAGAACGAUCUACUCUCCUCAAGACCUUACAAGAGACGCAAGUUCUCUGUCGAUGUCGCGAGUUCGCCGCCUCUACAGUCAUCACCCCUGAAGCAUGCGCAAACCAUUCAGCCCGCCCCCAUUUUGAUCUUCGAGGAUGAUAUGGAAGACGAGGCGCUCUCUGAGGCCGAGACCCUGCCGGACAUUUUCGAGCAGCUCAAACCCUUUCCCAAGCCCAUACGCCGUCUCCGUGAACCUGGCCCGUCGAGACGAAUACUAGAGCGAAGCUUCGGAGGAUACGACGCUGUUUCACGCCAUCGCAAAGCACCCGAUCAUGGUUCAAAUUGGAAAGCAGAGACCGCGAAUUUUGUCACAAAUCCUUAUGAUAUCCACACCUUUCGAGGAACUGCCCUUCCCUUUUGCACGACGAGUUGCAAUACCAACCCUCUGAUUGCUGUGGGCGAUGAGGAGGGAAGCGUGCGCCUCAUUGACUCCAGUGCAGAGUCCAGCUUCGGCAAAACCCACGUCACGUUCCGCGUGCACAAGAACGCGGUGAUGGAUAUUGGCUUUUCCUCGGAUGACUACAUGCUUGCCACUGCAAGUGGUGACCAGACCGCUCGCGUUGUGGACAUGCAGACACAACAGACUAUGUGCCAGCUGAUCGGCCACAAAAGCAGCGUCAAGCAAGUACGGUUCAKGCCGAAUGACGACAAUGUGGUCACCACAAGUUCAAGAGACGGCACCAUUCAGGUCUGGGACCUGCGAUGUGGUGGCAAGGCUCCGGCACAGAGUCUGCGAGUGGCUCUCGGCCGCAACAUCGACGCUGACGGGAAGGUACAAACGCAAACCCGAUAUGGACAAGCCCUGGACGUUGGCGUCGGGCAUCGCUCGACAGGAAGACCGUUUACCGUCGGAGAGCGCGACGAGCUUUCAAUCACUUCCUUCCAGCAUAUGCCACAUGGUCGUGAACACCUCAUCAUCACAGCCAGCGAGGUGGAUGCUUCGAUCAAGGUGUGGGAUGUUCGAGGCGCUGGGAGAAGAAACCCAGUAGCUCUGGGCAGCACCCCUAUUCCGGAAUCUCACAGGCGCACACGGAAUUACGGUAUCGCAACAAUGGCCAUGUCAGGAGAUGGUGCCCGCUUAUACUCCGUCUGCAGAGAUGCCACAACUUACGUGUACUCUACGAAUCAGCUCGUCCUCGGCCAUGUGCCAGAAAUGUCUAUCCACCCGGGCAGACGGCGCACACCGACCGAGCCAAAGGCUGGUCUUGCGCCCCUCUAUGGAUUCAGACACCUCAAUUUGCGUAUUGGCAGCUUCUACAUCAAGGCGUCAAUACGACCCGCGAAAGAUGGCCGGGGAGAGAUGCUUGCUGUCGGCAAUACAGAGAGCAAUCCAAUCCUCUUUCCCACAGACGACCGCCAUUUCCCUCGCGGAGGACGUGCACCAUUGAUCUACGACGACGAGGAGGAGGAUGAGUUCGACUUGCCAUCCAUGCCACCGCCAUCAACGACAGGACCAGUGCUCGGCCCUCACAUCUUUGAGCACGGCACAGCGCUGGUGAGAGGACACAACAAAGAGGUUACCUCUUUGGCGUGGUCUACAGAGGGCAAUUUGAUAUCCGUGAGCGACGAUUUCUCCGCGCGAUGCUGGAGGGAGGACGCGCAAAAGGCWCGUGAGUUGCGGACGGGUGGCGAAGUUGGUGGAGGCAGAUGGCGCGCAGGUUGGGCGGAUGUUGGAGGGGCGUGGGAUGAGGAGGAGUAG